AUGGAAGGCAUCAGCAAACCAGUUGGCUUCGAAGAGAAAAAUGAGAGUGUUGUGAAGAGGGAGUUGUCUGAUGAAGAUCUUUUUGUUUUAGAGUCUCGGCUCAGUGAGUCUGCCAGUUCAACUAACUUGACCAACUCUCCAUCGCCUCCUCAAAAUUCUAACCUCUCCAAUGGUCACUCUGUCAUACCUACCAUAUCAAGGAAUACGUCCUCUGGAUCAUCAUAUGUCCAUCGACAACAUACACCAUCACACGGACAUGGAUCACGCCAUUUAGCUCAUCAUCAUCAUAACAACAGUGUUUUCCCCCAAAGGGCGAUAAAAAAGGAACACUCUGAUUCACUUGAAGAUGACGCCAUUGAAGAAGCAGAGGGUUUCGAAAACAGAAGUCACUCACGUAACAAACCGUUGAUCGAACAAGCGUGCGACUCUUGUCGAAGAAGGAAACUGCGUUGUACAAAGGAGUUACCCAAAUGCUCGAAAUGUAUGGAUCAUGGAUGGGAGUGUGUCUAUUCACCUCGAGCUGUUCGAUCGCCGCUUACCAGAGCGUAUUUGACUAAGGUUGAAAAUAGGGUGAAACAGCUGGAAACUUUUCUUUUAAAAGCUUUUCCUGGUGAAGAUUUAGAGCAAAUGCUAGGAGGAUUUUCAAGAACCAGCUCAAGCAUACAGUCUUCAAGCAAUUCUCCAAACAUGAGUGGAUACUCAUUUGUCUCACAAAAUAAACAGCAAUGCGAUAAAUCAAGCAGCAUGCAAACAAUCCAGGAUUUCUCAUUAGACGCUUCUUCAGCUUCGAACUUCAAAAAAGAGACUCCACAACAAAUUUUAUCAAGACUUCCAGAUGAAAUUAUGGCUACCGAUCUAUCGAAUAACACCAACUUCGAUUGGUCUGAAGAUGAUGAAGAGAGAGAGAAAGGUUUGAUGCUGAACGGUUCCCCGUCAUCCCCGUCGUCAAUAACAUCUCUACACGAACCGAAAAAUUCGGUGAUUUCUUUCAACUCGCUUGACCAGCUUCAUACAAGCCAAACUCAGUCGUCAACUAUCAGCACAAAGACCAACAAUUCGUCUCUUUGUACGUCACCAUAUCUUAGAGCAAUUGCUCCUUCCUUUUCUACGGAUGGGAUGGGAGUCAACCCAACCACCAAAUCAGGAUUUUUGGGCGUAGGAUCGUCGUCUUCAUUUUUGAGGGUCAUGAAGAUAGACAAGAUUGAUGAAGAAGAUACUGCAGUGAACUCUGGCGCUACGGAUACGGACUUUGUAAUGGAUGAUUUCGAUUUGACAUCAUGCAACAACCUUACUGAAACAAAAAAGCCAUUGAAAUCACCACCGAGCGUGACCAUGAAUCCUCAGAUCAAGAAACAGAUAGUGGAAGGGUUGAAGAGGGGUCUUGACAACAUGGAACAGAAUAAAAUGGGCGAGGAGCUUGAUCAGUUUUUGAAUAUGAGAUCAACACAAGAAGAAUUUUUGCAAAGCUAUUUCAGAUAUUACCAUACUUCUUAUCCCUUUAUUCAUAAGGACACAUUUAUGAAACAUUACAGAAAACAGUUGCCUGUGAAAAAUGAGGCUCAUUGGCUUGUUUUAUUGAACACAGUUCUUGCCUUAGGCUGUUGGUGUCUACACGGGGAUCAUACUACUAUUGAUCUUGCAUAUUACCAUCGUGCUAAGAAAGCACUGAACACAGGUGCCAAUGUAUUUGAAUGUGGUAAUAUUAUGCUACUGAGCGCCUUGAUUCUAUUGAGCAAUUACUCGCAAAAGCGGAAUAAACCAAAUACUGGAUGGAAUUUCUUGGGCUUAGCAGUGAGGAUGGCAAUAUCCUUGGGAAUGCACAAGGAGUUUAAUGAGCAAUCAAAUGCUCCGGAAACUCGUAAAGAAGACUUGUUGAAUCUUGAAAUCAAAAGACGUCUUUGGUGGGGUUUGUACAUAUUCGACGCUGGAGCAUCCAUAACAUUUGGAAGACCGAUUAAUCUGCCGCCUCCGGAAGUCGUUGAUGUUAAGAUGGUAAGCAACAUCAAUGAUGAUGAGCUUUCACAGAUCAUUGAGAAUAUGGAUGGGUGCAAUACUGUCACAGAUGAAAUGCUCAACAAACCUUAUCCCACGCUAUACUCGGCCUUGAUCGCCCAAACGAAAUUGACCUUCCUCACUACGCCAUUUUACUCAAAACUCAUCUCCAAGCCGGCUCCCACAUUACAAGAGUGUUUUAACAUGAAUGUAACUUUAGAAAAAUUCAUUAGUGAAUUACCAGGCUAUUUCCAUGAAGAUGAAUCCAUUGCAAAACGAGAAUUCUUCAAGUACUUACCAGCAGGUCUUCGUCAAUCGACGAAUGAAUCGCAUCUACCCGAAUGGUUUUUGCUUUCAAGGAAUAGACUUAUUUGGAGAUAUAGAAACAUGCAAAUUAUUCUGUUCAGGCCUUUUAUUUGGCAAAGAAUAGUUGGCAUCUCCAACCCUGAAGUGAUGGAAAGCUGCAAAACUGAGGAAGCUAAACAAGGAAGAAGAAUUUGUCUCAAGGCAGCUUCGGAAACGAUCAAAUCAAUUGAUAAAUUUGUCAAAGGUAAUGAAUCUCAUCUUUCCAUCAUUGCCGUGUGGUAUGCAACAUACUUCUUGUUCCAGGCGGUUUUGAUCCCAAUAGCUUGUCUAUGUUCUGACUCAUCAUCCUCACAUUCUACUUCAUGGAUGGAUGAUAUUAAUCGCGCUAAAAAUGCCCUGUUAGUCAUGUCAAAAUAUAACUCAAUGGGGUCUAAACUGAUCAAGGUUGUGAACAAACUUCUGGGCCAAAAACCUGCCUCAACAAAUUCGAAGCAAACAGCACUCGGUGAAAGACAAUUUGGUAGCGACCCAGUUAAGAAAACCAACAACAGUACAUCUCUAAACGACUCGCUCUACAGUCAGCCAUCAAAUUGUCUCGUCAAUCAAAGUUACCCGACAACAAUGUCACUUAACGGACCAAAGCUUUCCAAACUAGCUAAACCUGCAAAAACCUUCCUGAAUAACGUGAGUGAAGAUAUCAGUGCCCAAAACAUGGAAUCUUUCGUGUCCUUGGACACUUAUUUGAAUCUCGAUGCAGAUAAUACCCCUGAGUCUGCAAUGUUUGACUUUGACGAAAAAAGGAAUCUAUCCGUUGCAGAAAACUCAAUACCUUUUAAUUCGUCCACCACAUCGCUUUUCAACACGGGACAUACAACUUCACUUUCCAAUUCCACUGCUACUGUUGAUAAUAUCGACCUGGACAUUAGUACAGAGCACAAGGAUAAGGUAGAGCGUUCUCACAAGAAGGAGCUUUUGAAUGAUAUUUAUUCAAUGCUCUUUGACGAGUUUACUGAUCCGAUGGCCUUCAGCGUCUAA